GCUGCCGAAAUGUUAUCAUUAUUGACAUUUUGUUUCAACAGAUGAAAAAGUAGACAUUGAUCCAUGCUCUCGUGAUGUUUUCAGCUGUUUCAUCUGUAACUUCAAGACAACGCUAGUUGAGGUUUUUUGUGACCACCAGAUGGCAGCAUGAGGAAAUUCAGCUUCCUGUCUCCCUCGCAGUCCCUGAAGUGGCUCUGUCUUAUAAUUGUUACAUUCCUGGUGUUGGAGUUACUCCUCUUUAACUGUUUCAUAUUCUAUGGCUUGGGAGUAAUACACAGAACGUUUGGUCCUCUGCUUAAUAUCGGUGAUGUGGACUGGAAAGAGGAUAUGAAACAAGCCCGAUGGGUCCGGGAACUAGUUUACAGGGGCAAGGCGGGGGGAUUUGUCUCCCUUUUACAGGAUACUGUGGAGAGGGUAUACAUGAUAGAGGAUGGAGGAUCCGAGGGGAGGAAAAUAAAAACAUUUGGAUUAGACGUAUCUCAUUCUGGGGAAUUUCUGUACAUUUAUAAGCACAUCCUAGCUAGGAGACAUUUUCCAUAUGCCCGAUUAGUGGUAGACAUUGGUGCAAAUGAUGGGCUUCUAUCUAGCAACUCAUUUAACUUCAUUCAGAUGGGCUGGUCAGGGUUAUUAGUGGAGCCCCAAGCCUCGCAGGCUGAAAUGGCUGCCAAAAAUGUUGUCAGGUAUGUGAAUCCUUAUCGUGAGAACAAUCAAACAGUAAAAGUCAUAAAAAACGUCAUCAGCAACAAGUCUGGAGUUGUCUCCUUCCUGCGGCGGUCAGACGUGGUGGACAUGGAGGGCCACAUCGCGGCGGAGGAGGAAUAUUACCCAGACAACCCUCCCGAGGGCGAUAUAAUCCAGGUGGUCAGUAUCACUGUCCGACGGUUCACCUCCAAGUAUAACGUCCCUAAGUACUUUGGUGUGUUGUCCAUUGAUGCAGAGGGCACUGGAAACCAGAUCUUACAUUCUUUUAUUGACCUGGGAUUCCGUCCGGGAUACAUUAUUUAUGAAGAUCUGCAUGAAAGAGCAUUUGAACUCCCAGAUGUGACAGAGAAAUAUCUGAACGAGAAUGGCUACCGCUUACUCUCAAGACGAGGCUGGAAUCUUAUAUUCUGUCAUCAGGCAAGAAAGUGAUGCAUGCCAUUUAAAGUUAUGUUCUAUUCAUUUGUUUUAAGGAAAUAGGUUGUAGUUAAUAGGAGAUAAAGGUUUUAUAUAGGGAUGUAUUAAUAGGGAAAAAUCAUAUAUAAGAAAAAAUAUGCUGAUGAACAGCAUGGCCAAAGUUGCUCAGGUGAGUGUAGUGG